CAGACAGACAGACAGACAGACAGACAGACAGAAAGACAGACGAGCCCAGCAGAGACAGACAGAACACCAGACUGUAUGAUGAAGGAGCUGCAGGAGUUUGCAAACCCAGCAGGACUGGGGAACAAGGUGAACCCCAGCCCCCUCCCUCCUCAGAGGGGGCUGAAGCACAGGGGCCUGAGGGUCACCAACCCUCUGCUCCGGGAAUGUCUGGGAGAACUUCUGGGAACUUUCGUCCUGCUAAUGUUUGGCUGUUCUGCUGCGGCUCAGGUGAAGACCAGCAGAGAGACUAAAGGACAGUUCCUCUCGGUCAACAUGGCUUUCUCUGUGGGAGUGAUGUCUGCUAUGUAUCUCUGUCAGGGGAUCUCAGGAGCCCAUCUGAACCCUGCAGUGUCUCUUAGUUUCUGUGUGCUGGGCAGGGUGCCCUGGAACAGGCUGCUGCCCUACAUCCUCUGCCAACUGUUGGGUGCCUACCUGGCAUCAGGAAUAGUCUUCCUGGUCUACUACGAUGCUAUCAUGGAGUUUAGUGGGGGGGUGUUGACUGUGUACGGCCCAAACGAGACAGCAUCUAUCUUCGCUACAUAUCCCUCAGACACCUUAUCACUGGGCAACAGCUUCCUGGAUCAGGUGGUGGGCACAGCCAUGCUGAUGCUUUGCAUACUCCCAUUGGGCGAACAAAGGAAUACUCCCGCCCCCCCAGAUCUGAUUCCACCUAUCGUGGCAGUGAUUGUCUUGGGGAUUGCCAUGUCCAUGUCGGCCAAUUGUGGCGGAGCGAUCAACCCCGCCCGAGACUUGGGGCCACGCCUCUUUACGCUGUCGGCAGGCUGGGGCACAGAGGUGUUCACGUGCUACAACUAUUGGUUCUGGGUGCCUCUGGUGGCCCCCUUGCUUGGGGGCUUGGUGGGCACCCUGUUCUACCUGAUCUUCAUAGACUGGCACCUGCCCGACCCCGACAGCCCUGGCCCCGCGGCCCCGCUGCCCCCUGGACCCCCGGCCCCCUACGAGACCUGGAAGGAGUCCCCAUACCCAGGGAAGUACAGGAUGGACCUGAGAGGGACCAAGUUCUAGAGCAGACCUGGGCAUUGUACAUAUCCUGUCCCAGUCCGGCCAGCUUGAGGUAAUUCAAAAAUUAAAAAUAAAUGUACUGAGUGGUUGGAAAUCUGUAGUCCUGAAAGACUACAGUGUCAGGCGAUUUACGUAUGUGCACUUACCCAGCCUCACCGACAGGAGACACUGAGUUAGCUGUUGGUUAGCCCUCGAAAAUGUCGGCUCAUGGUAAAAAACGAAAGGUUGAUACAGUAUGUAGAGUUUUAACAAGACAUGGACUCCUAAGUAUCUGUUUACGGAAGUUGAAGGCAAACCUGUGUGCUUAGUUCGUGGACAACAGGACGCUGUGUUGAAGGAUUACAAUUUGAUUCGGCACUACGGGACUAAACACGCGGACAAAUACAAGAACUUGACUGAUGCAGAGUGGGCGCGGGCCGCUGAUGGUUUGCUAGUUAAGCUGCAGACCCUGAUGAUCAGCUGUCCUUCUCAUAUCUACCUCAGACGUUCAACCAGACUUCAAUGCGCUUGUUCAAGCCCAAGACAGACUGGAUUUUUUCCCAUUGAAUAAGAAAAAACUGAACUGAACUGGAAAACAUCAAAAGCACUUAUUGUAAAUGACUUCACAAUGUUGCAAAUGUUUUAUGUGCUUUGUUUCCUGUUUUCCCCCGUUUUAUAUGGUAUUUACUUUUAUUUUGAAAUGAUUGUGCAACAAGCUGCUGCUAGGUGAUGUGAUCGGACGUACCUGCAGAAGAAGUUUGGAAGGAUUGCGCACUCACGUGUAGCUCACAGAAUAUUUAAAUUGAAUAAAUACGGAGAUAAGUUAAAGUUAAUUAAUUAGCAGUACAAUAUAUAAGGAUAGUUAGCAACUGGUUGAUGAGGGAACAAGGUUUGUUUGAUUAAUAUGUUUAAGUUUAAGUUGUUCAUGUUUGUAAUUUGCUAUACGGUAAUGGUGAUUGCUAAUUAGCUACUGAUAACGUGUGUCGUGUUUGUUCGCAAGCGAAAAAAGGUUUAUUGAAUUGUAAUUGAAGCACAUCAUG